AUGCCAUACCUCCCGCCUACCGAACAGAGCAUGCUCGGUAGACAUUAGAGUUCGACCAUAACCUCCCGAAGCCAUUGCCCUUCUGUUUUGUAAACAUAUAUGACCUGUUUAUGCCGUGACUCCUCGCCCCACCUUGAUUGCUCAUCAUACCUUCGUUUUCAGAGCAAGUUGAUUCGAGCCAAGACCGCGGAGCCCUCAUGGUUGGGCCGAUCAAUGCGAACACCUCGGCCAUCACAUACACAAAAUGUUUCAGCCACAUCCCGUUGAAGGACCGGGCACGGGUGGCGAUGGUAGGUAGGAGUUGGUUGUUUGUAUGGAAAGUGAUACAGUGAGAGACCUAAUUCAGUGGCAAAGAACAUACCAUUUUGCGUCCGGAGGUAUCAAAGAAUGUGGCAAAAUGCCUCCCUCUCUAACUACCAAACUCCGUUUUGAAGGGCUUGCCUCGCAAAAACAGAGCGGGAUCGCAUUUGAAGUCUGAGUUUUUUUUACUUGGAGAGGGAAGCAUUUUGCCAUAUUGUCUGAUGCUUCCCGCACAAUGGUCCGUCUUUUGCCACUGGAUCAGUUCCGCCACUGUAGAAGUGAGGCGUUCAGAAAUCCUUUGUGAUAACUCUUGUGCCUUUAGGCAAUAAGAAAGUUUCGUACAGUGCUUACGGGAAGUAUCAAAAAAGUGGCAAAAUACCUCCCUCUCCAAGUAAAAAAGGUCUGUUUUGAAGGGCUACACUCACAAACAGGGCGAGCUUUUAAAAUUGGAGACUUUUCAUUUGGAGGCGGAGGUAUUUUGCAGCGUUUUUGAUACGUCCUGGAUGCAAAUGGUACGUUUUUUGCCACUGGAUCAGGUCCGCCACUGUAGCUUUUUUUCUUCCUUAGAGGGUAAUAUUCCAAUAAAAAAUUUGCUAUUCGCCUUCUUUUUCGUAUGACCGAACUCUACGUUUCGCGUACUCUCUUGGCCGCAAAGAUCGUUGAAUAUUUUGGCUGCCCCUGCACAGCGCGAGCUAAGGCUUUCUGCAAUUGAUAUGUGACCUGUUCGCGGCAUAUGUGCAAAAUUUAAAGAAAAUCUUAGCGUCGCACUGGCCCUUCCUUCGUUAUUGUAUCUCUUCAAAGCCCUUGGUGUGACCUUCAGUAAUCCCAUCAUUUUCAGGAAGCAUCCAAUAAAACAGAAUGGGAACGAGUCCUCCACGUACACCAUGGCCUGAUCCCGAUACCAUUCAAUGUGGUCGCCACAAUAGUUGUAAUAUUCUACAUAUUAUCGGUGCGGCAGGCCAUGCGAGAGCAUCGAGUUAGCCGCAAAUUCUAUUCGCUGCUGCUGAACAGAGCGAUUGGCGAUUUGGUGGCCUGCAUAACCUGUACAGUGACGAUAUUUUACAGUUUGUAUUGGACCCAUGAGUGAGUUUUACUAUGGGGAAAAAUGUCGAUUUUGUGCAUUUUUUAGCACUGGAAUGGUCCAAAUUUUGAACACAACAUUCAUCGCUUCAUUUUGGGCUGGAAUGUGCUCGUACGUCGCGCAGAGUGUAAUGAAAUUGUACGGCGUUGCGCGGCCCCUACAAUAUAGGCGUUAUAUCACAAUGGCAAGGUGCAAACAGUUCUGUGUGGCGAGGUAAGUUGAUGCUGGGAUAUCACGAAUCUUGGAGCCUCUGAAUGAUAGCCGUAUAGUUAUUUCUUCUAUCGAGGGCAAUUUUUCUACAAAAAAAUCGAUUAUAUCCGCAUGAAUCUGAAAAAGAUAUCGCCAGAAACUGUUUUAUUCUGUGACCGCUCUUCACGUUUCGUCUACUCUUUCGACCGUAGAGACGUUUGAAUAUCUGAACUGCCUCUUCAAAUUUAAAGAAGAUCUAGGCUCUCUCUUGUACCUUUCUAUUGAUAGCCUCAAAUUCCAUAGUAUAUAUACAGUAAAAAUUAUUGCUUUCAGUUGGGUGCUCUUUGUCGUUUGCAUCAUCUACACUGGCAGCAUGGUUGCACUGACCACGAUUCCGAAGCUUCAAAAAAUGUCCAAAUGCACGUCAGAAUCCUGUUUACAUCCCAUGUAUGUUGGAAGGAAUGGACUCGUGGUGAUUGUUUAUUUAUUUACACUCGUGUGCUUUGGAGUUACUGGUGAGUUGGGAAGAUAUUCAGUUUAUUGCUGGUUCUAUUUUGCAUUUCUCUGUCCCCACUUUUCGGCUCCACGAUACUUCUGGUCAACAGAAAAGCGAUUGAUACGGGAAGAAGGGCAAAAGGGGGACCCAAAAAACAUGUUGUAGGGGGUACCGUCGACACAUGGAAAAAUUACGCUCGAUAGAGAAGACUAGUCAGAAACUUGCAAUAUGGCCGCAUUUUUCUAAGCUUACUGAUCUCAGUUUGUACACUUCCCUAGUUAGUUAUUGCUACCCUCGGGGCUCUUAACGCUGAGCUAUUGUAACAUAUAGAAAAGCAAAAAUUGCUCCAAAAAACGAGGAUCCCUAAGUUUUAUUCGGAUACUGCUGCAGUAAGACUUGUAAAAUACCCCCAAAAUGGGUGAUGAACUAUCCUAGGAGCUGGCCAAUCUUAUCAUUUCUAUUAACCAAGCCUUCUCCUAGCCUCCCUCAUUGAUUGAAUGACAAAUGAAGGCAACCAAAAAUUGUCGACCCGAGGUGUCGUUGAGCCGAAAAGUCGUAGCAUUUUCUGUAUUUUAUUAAUUUUUUUGUUGUUUCCUCGUUUCUAACUUCAAUUUUUCCAUUUUCAGUAGUCCUAAUCCGCCGCGCCAAGAGCCGCUCCGAAUCAUUUCACUCCAACGCCGCGGGCGAACGAAAUCGAGAAGCCGUAAAGCGAAAAUUCCGCUAUCCGCUGUUGAAGCUAGCGUUGCAUGUGUCAACGUUUGCAAUCUUCAACUUCCCGUAUUUUUGUUGGGCACUCACUUUAACCAUAGCGGGUGGAUGCUUCUAUCCGCUCCAUUACAACAGAAUGGUAAUGUUGAGUGCGUGGGUGCGGAUGUCGCUGCUGACAAGGAUCAUCGUGGAUUCGGUGCUGAGUCUGGCGUUGGAGACGGAGGUAAGUGAGGGACGAAGUUUUGAUCGAUUAGAUUGAGAAAACAGCAAAAAAAGGUUUGCGUUGUAUGCAUGAGGGAGGCUGGGAGAAAGCUUUGUUAGUAGAAAUAAUAAGAUUGAUCGGGUCCUAGGAGAGCUUAUCAUCUUUGAGGUGUUUUACAUAUACCCACAUCAAUAAUAUUUAGUAGAAAAAAGUUACCUAUCUUCGUUUCUGUGGCAAAUUUUGAUUUUUUAUAUGUUACAAUAGUUCAGGGUAUAGGAAACUAACGUUAGUAAUAGCCAAAACGAGAGAAAGUGGAGAUACCGCAAGUCUUUGCUAAGUCUCCGCCGAGCCUUCGCCGAGCGUCCGCCGGGCUUUCCCUGUGAACCAGAGCAGCAACAAAAUAAGCCGCAAAAUCACAACUACUUCCACUAAUAUCACAAUGAUCUGCAAUCUCAACAUUUUUCAGGUGAAACGAAGUUUCCUCCGCCUUCUUCCAUGUACCAAACGAGUCGCCCCACAGCCAGCCAGCUCUUCGUCGAUUCCAAAUCGUCUCAAUACCGUCAAGUCCGGCACAGUCUCGGUGUGCGACAGCAGCGAUUACUCGAACGCUGACAACACCGCGCCGCUGACGGAGAAGGAAAAAGGUCAGCAGCGGUCGGUCAGCGAGCGUGGGCUUAUCCAGAAGCGGCUGGAGCCCGCUGAACUCGAGGAUAAGAAGGUUAUCGAGGUCAUUCCUGAAUAG